AUGGCUCCAGCCCGGAGGGACUGCAGCGGCUGGGAGAUGUUCCUCCCAGCGGGAUGCCUGCUCCUAUCCGCUUUGCUGUUUCACCCCGGUGUUGCAAAGGUGUGCAACGACCGCACCAAACACGGACAGGACAACAGCUGGUUCACCAGGGACGGAGAAAACUUGCCCAUAAUGGUGCUGAUGCCAAUGAACGAGUCGGCCCUGAUGAGCAGCAUCAGCCAGGGGAUCGAACCAGCGGUGCAGCUGGCCAUCCAGCACAUACGGGAGUCCAGGAAUUACCGUUUCUCACUCAUCACCAAAAUCUAUGACACUGAGUGCGACAAUGCCAAAGGGCUGAGGGCUUUCUUUGACGCCAUAUGCUAUGGUCCAAAACACCUGAUGAUCUUCGGAGGUGUCUGCCCUUCUGUGACGUCCAUCAUUGCAGAGUCUUUGGAAGGCUGGAAUCUGGUUCAGCUGUCAUUUGCAGCGACAACCCCGGUUCUGGCAGACAAGAAAAAGUACCCCAACUUCUUCCGCACAGUCCCAUCAGACAAUGCCGUAAACCCAGCUGUGGUCAAGUUUCUCAACUACUACAAUUGGAGUCGCGUGGGGACCCUCACCCAAGAUGUUCAAAGGUUCUCAGAGGUGAGGAAUGAUCUGACGAAUGAGCUGGAGAAGGCAGACAUUCAGAUAGCAGAUACAGAAAGUUUCUCCAAUGAUCCCUGUGUCAAUGUAAAAAAACUGAAGGACAACGACGUGAGAAUCAUCAUUGGGCAAUUUGAUGAGCAUUUGGCCUCUAAAGUCUUCUGUUGUGCGUACAACUUGAAUAUGUAUGGCAGCAAAUACCAAUGGAUAAUCCCAGGCUGGUACCAACGACACUGGUGGGAGCAGGCGAACAGCACCAACUGCACUUCCAAGAAGCUCCUAACAGCAAUGGAGGGAUACAUCAGUGUGGACUUUGAGCCGCUCAGUUCUCGGCCUGUAAAGGGCAUCUCUGGCAGAACCCCAAAGGAAUAUGAGAAGGAAUAUUACAGGGAGCUUCAACAGAAAGGUGUGGAGGCAAGCAAGUUUCACGGCUUUGCUUAUGAUGGGAUCUGGGUAAUCGCAAAGACCUUGACCCGAGUGAUGGAAGUGCUCCGGACAAAACAAGGACAAAAUAUGUACCACAACUUCACAGUUGAUGAUCGGGAAGUGGGGAAAAUGGUGCUUGAUGUCAUGAACGAAACAAACUUCUAUGGAGUUACAGGUCAAGUCAUGUUUCGUAAUGGAGAGAGGAUGGGCACAAUAAAAUUCAACCAGUUUCAAGAUGGUCAGGAAGUGAAAGUGGGAGAGUACAAUGCCAUAGCUGAUGUAUUGGAGCUCCAGAACACCUCUAUCAAAUUCCAAGGUGUGGAGCCCCCCAAAGAUCGAACAUUUGUUCGUCUACAACGGCGCCACAUCAAUGUGCCACUGUACAGCAUCCUGUCUACCAUAACCAUCCUAGGGAUGCUCAUGGCUGGGGCCUUUCUAUUCUUCAACAUCAAGAACCGAAAUCACAGACUUAUCAAGAUGUCCAGUCCGUACAUGAACAACUUGAUCAUCUUAGGAGGCAUGCUGUCCUAUGCCUCGAUUUUCCUGUUUGGUCUUGAUGGAGGUUUUGUUUCUGACAAAGAGUUUGAAACACUCUGCACCGUUCGGACAUGGAUCCUCAUUGUUGGAUAUACAACUGCUUUUGGCGCUAUGUUUGCCAAGACAUGGAGGGUACAUGCCAUCUUCAAAAAUGUAAAGAUGAAGAAAAAGAUUAUAAAGGACCAGAAACUGUUGAUUAUUGUCGGUGGGAUGCUACUUAUCGACUUAUGCAUCCUGAUUUGCUGGCAGAUCGUGGACCCUCUCAGGAGGACCGUUGAGGAAUACAGCUUGGAGGCGGACCCACAAGGCCGGGACAUUGCCAUCCGUCCCUUCUUGGAGCACUGUGAGAACACCCACAUGACCAUUUGGCUUGGCAUCGUCUAUGCCUACAAGGGACUGCUAAUGCUGUUUGGCUGCUUUCUGGCAUGGGAGACCAGGAACGUGAGCAUUCCUGCCCUCAACGACAGCAAAUAUAUCGGAAUGAGCGUUUACAACGUCGGGAUCAUGUGCAUCAUCGGAGCCGCGGUGUCUUUUCUGACCAGAGAUCAGCCGAAUGUCCAGUUCUGCAUUGUGGCUCUUGUCAUCAUCUUUUGUAGCACCAUCACCCUCUGUCUCGUCUUUGUUCCCAAGUUGAUCACAAUGAGAACAAACCCAGAUGCGGCCACACAGAACAGAAGGUUAAAGUUCACCCAGAAUCAAAAGAAAGAAGACUCCAAGACCUCCACCUCAGUCACCAGUGUGAACCAGACCAACACCUCUCGACUGGAUGGUCUACAGACCGAUAACCACCGUCUUCGCAUGAGGAUAACUGAGUUGGACAAGGAGCUUGAAGAAGUGACCAUGCAGCUGCAGGACACCCCAGAGAAAACUCCCUACAUUAAACAAAACCAUUAUCCUGAUGCAAAUAACAUCCUAAGCAUACGCAACUUCACAGACGGUAAAGAUGGAGAGAAGUCUAUACUAAAAAACCACCUGGAGCAGAAACCGCAGGCGCAGUGGGGUUCCAUGGAUCCUUCCAGAAUAAGCAGAGGUCCUUUGGAGGAUAUCAACUCACCUGAACACAUACAGCGUCGACUGUCCUUGCAGCUGCCUAUCCUGCACCAUGCAUACUUACCUUCCAUAGGAGGUGUUGACGCCAGUUGCACCAGCCCCAAUGGAAGCCCGGGUUCAAGUCCGAGGCACAGACACAUGCCCCCUUCUUACAGGGUAAUGGUCUCUGGCCUCUGAGCCUCAUUCAUCCCCCUCACCCCCAACCUUGCUCUUUGCUGAGGAGAACAAAUGGUUCUAUUUUCUACAACUAAUAGACUGAUAUUGUCAGCAUAUGUGCGUAUUGCGUCUUGGACUGAAAAGAAGUUGGGGGUGAACAAAGAGAGGGGAGGGGGCAAAGGUUCACUUGUCAUACCUCUGCACUUGGGUCUUUUGAGGACUGAUGCCAGUCAAAACUGGGUGGGAGAGGACAGUCGAUGCUUAACUACUUCUGUGAUUAACAUCCCCUCUGCCAUCUUCCUCCCUGCUUCGGCGUGCUUACACAUAUGCCAUGUCAGACACAGAUUUCUAGAACAGAGAUGCACCCCAAUGUCCAAGCACACUGACACCCCAACAGCAGCAUUGGACCAGCCCUAAACUGACAUGUAGCCUUAUCUGCUUCAAAAGGGAUUGUUUCUGUUUCUUAUCUGUUUUGUGUACUAUAUGUGCUUGCAGCUCCAUGUGAGCCAUCUAACAUUUUAUCGCUUUAGUGAUUGGAUAUGAGUUCAGGAGCAACAAGGUGAAUCUUCAAGAUCCUACUAAAGAAAGCAUCCCCUGUCCACUUCUCUAGCCUGUGUGGAAAUGUAAAUAUCAUUGCUUUUGACACUGGUGUACUGUAAGCUUUGCAUAUGUUGUGAAUGGAUAAAUCAAUAGGAUUUAAGUGUGGCGCUUGUAACAAAAGCAGGUGAGAGCUUAUAAAAAUAUUACAUCGUACAAAUCAGACAGAGGCAUACAUUUGAUUAACAAAGCUGUUGAUAUAUUAACUUACAAACAGCAUGGAUAAAAACAGAAUCUGUCAGGGUCCCACGCCUCUAACUUGGAGUGAGAUGCACGUUGCUCUUUUUUUGUUUCACUUUGCUAUUUUUUCUAGACUUGUUUAUGACAGAGACCUCCUGUCUGUCUGUAAAGGCCUUCAUACUUUACAACUUAAGCAGCCCGUCUUCAGACAGCAUGUUUUAUAGAAAUACUAAUGCUAUGCCUUUUUCACAGUUCUCAAAGAUAUUAGAGCAAAAAAAGGCCAAAAAAAUAAAUUGGUUCACAGCUUUUCUUUUGUUUUCAGAUGCCAAGAAAUUAAAAUACACAAAUAUAAACAUGGAACCCAAGAGAGCUCCUGGCAAAUUCAGGUGCUGUUGACGCUACUGAUGGGUGAGGUCAAAACGAAGCUUCGUCUUUAUACACUGUUAAGAUGUCUGCCCUUGCUUUCACGUCUUACCAGCACAGUUGAGGGAAACGGGAUCCAACAAUAGCACAAAGUUACAAGACUUUGAGGAAAAGCUCUUAAGAGAGUUAAAAUGAUAGUAAGCAAGGGUGGAAAAAAUGUAGGUCUACCAGGUCCUCGGCUUGAUCGGACCGAAUGGUUAACCUGAAUUUCCAUGCACAGAAGCAGACGGACAUGUUCAAGUCUUGCAUAAGUACCAAACUGUCUGCAGAUUUGGUUUCAAAGACAGCGCUGCCACCACUGCUGGUCCCGGUGAUUUAGCACAGACACAGGGCUUUCCCUCAUAGAUAAUAAGUGUCAUGAAAGAUCAAUCCACUCUUAGCAACAGUGAACAGUUGCUACAGAAAUGAAACUCAGUGCUGUGGAGCUUCACCUAAGAUCUUCAUCAAGAGUAUGGAUGUUGUUUGUUACUUUUUUUUCCUAAUGCAGGAGAAAAAGCAAAUUUGGGAGAGGGGGGCUGCUCUCUGCAGGAAAAGGACUUUUUUUUAUUCUGAGCGAUAAGGUUCGUUCUCAGUAUGUUGUUUCACCAUCGGUGUCUUGGUUUUAUUUAUUUUUUUCAAGGCGUUUCUUCAGCGCCGUGCCUGUUGUCUUAUAUUGUAGCCUGCAAGACCCACAAUACAUACAAAGGGUUCAAACUGCGCUUAACAAGUAAAAGUACAUCAGCCCUAUCUGUAAAUGGAACAAUGCGUCAUAGACCAAUCUGAUGUCCAUCUGUCCGUGGACAGGGAUAGCUUUGGGAGCGCCUGGUCAAAGCUCCACUUCAGCCGGAGGAUAUUUCUCCAUAAACACAAACGCUUCUCAGAAAAAUUGGAGGAUUCGGAGUCGAAGCGGAGAGUCGAAGACCUGCUUUCAGACAUAUCGGGGUUUGAGCUCCUCCCAUUCCCAGGCCCCUGCCGCGAAGCGCGGGGGCAGGGGUGAUAAAAGAAAAACCCAAGCACAGACCUCAAAAGGGAGUCAUGACUUCUCCUGCACCUUUGCCAACCAGAGAAUCACAGUCACAGAACAUGUGAGUGGGAGACAUUAACAGAGGGUUGGAUCUUCCUUCAGGAGAAGCAAAAAACCGACCGCACAUUUUAUAUAUUACAUUAUAUGUGAUUGUGUACAACUUUGCUGAUACCCUGAUGACAGUGUCCAUGUAUGGAGUAUUUGGUAUUUGGAUUUCUCAAGAUGGCAUGAAAUAAAAUGUAUAAUUCACAGAGUUACCUCUGUUUUUUGCAACUGUUGUGACAAAGCUACUCUGUUGUUCCAUCAUAUCACCUGUAAUUUGGUUUUCUUCUACAAAGUGUCCACACACCUGUUCAAAUGUCAGGGCUUUGUGAUGUAAAACUGAGACUAUGAUACAAUUUCCCCACCUUUAAUGUGACUUUAAACCUGCACCACUUAACUGAAAAAAUCUGUUAAGGUGGAAGGGAUGCAAUAAUAAUCCAUUUAGAUUCAAUUUAUUCAUGCAGCUUUCUGGAGGGGAUAGUGAAAAGUCAGCCUUUGCUAAACCAUAUUUAGCCACAUUACCUUGUUAGUAACAUUUUUUUAUAUUCAAUUCAUUCUAUUGUUGAUUUAAAUAUACGCUUGAACACAUUGUGAUCAAAAAACAAUCAAUGAAUGGAUACUAACUAAAAUCCCUUGGUCCGCUCUGCAGCAGACUUCUGAGCAUUUGAGGAUGGACUGGAGUCUGACAAAUAACCCAGAGAGUAUUAACCCCAGCGCAUGAUGCAGCCAAGACCAUGUUUCACUGUUUACAUGGUGAUCUUUCUGUAAUGUAAUGUGCUGUUUUAUGUGCAAUAUUUUUAGUUUUAAUUUAGUCUCAUUUGAUCACAAUACAUCUGCCAACCAGUUUUUAGGAGAUUUUAUCCAGAACUGGAUUGUUUAUUAUACAAAGAUUUCAGCCUAGUAACCUUAACCCUAACAUUUUCAAAAUGCAUUUGUUUUAGAAACUGUGCAGCUCCAUCACAGAUUCACAUUUCACAACAAAUAUGAGGCAUUAAAGCCGUAAAAGUUUUUAUUUUUUUAUUUUUAUUUUUUUUAAUGAGUACCAUAUGUCUUCUUUUAUGCUUUCCAAAGCUGACAUUUUAACAGGGGUGUACACUGUUUUUAAAUCCACGGUAUUUUCCUACAAGCUUUGGUUUCUGUUAUUUUUAGCUAUUUAUCAGUUCACACAUGUCAAAGCCAAGAUGCUCAGUGAACUAACUAAACAUCAUCUCAUCUAACAUGCUACUGAACGAGCACCUGUUCACUGAAGGCAAUAAAAUAAAGGUAGCAGCUAUCGAACAAACUCAAUAAUCUUGUGUGACAAAAAAAAAGAAAAAAAAAAACAGCCUAUCAUUUUCUUUCCGAUCAGUCGAAAAAUAUCAAAUGCAGAUCAUCAGGUGUUGUUUUUUUUUUUUUUAUGUGCCCUAUUUCUAUUCCUUUAUUUCAGUUAUUCUCAUAAACAAACAAAUUUUACAAAUGCAAUUGUGGUGGGUCAAGGGCUCAUAAUAACCUGUAAUAAAUAGCAUCAUGCUGAUAGUUUGUAUUUGCCACAGGUCUUUUUACCUUUUCAGUUUGAAGAUCAAAGUGACGUAUAUGAGGAUAUCUUUGUACGUUAAUCGUCAGGUUCUCUGGAGUAAAUCAACACAAACCCAGAUAUGAUACACUAUAUAAAAAAGAACAAAAAAACAUAUUCAAUGGAGACACACAAAAGGUCCAUGCUGUUACUGUUUUGUCAGUUUGAUAUGUGGUAUGACAUGGCAUUACGUUCUAAUAAAAAUGGUGAACAAAAACCUAUGUUAAAUGCAACAUGUUCAAGAGGGGCAAUAACUUGUUUUCUUAUUACAGAAAGAAUAGAGAACUAUAUAUAUAAAUAUUAUAUAUGUAUAUGUAAAGAUCUUUACGUACAUUCUCAUUUUUACAUAGGGAACAUUUCACAAAUCUGAAGUCUUCUUUUUAUUUACAGUAUCUGUAACUAUGUUAUGUACAGAUGAGGUCUAGAUAUGAAAAACUUGUAUAAAAUGAGUAUCACACUUGGAACACCUGAACAUUUUUUUGAGCCAUUGGUUGUUAU